AUAGCUACUUCCGGUUGGAGACGUGGCUGUACCCAGCUGCCAUAUUGAAGCUUCGGUCAGGGAGACACUCGACAGAGGCUGCAUAAUCAUUCAAAAAUACUGGCAUAAAGAAACGGAUACUAUACGGGGGCUAUCACUGUCGGAAUCUUAAGCACGCAAACGACCACACAGACCGAAAAUGGUGCUGUUGGCAGCGGCUGUGUGCACCAAGGCGGGCAAGGCCAUCGUGUCGCGGCAGUUUGUGGAGAUGACCCGCACACGCAUCGAGGGGCUGCUGGCCGCCUUCCCCAAGCUGAUGAACACGGGCAAGCAGCACACCUUCGUGGAGACGGAGAGCGUGCGCUACGUCUACCAGCCCCUGGAGAAGCUCUACAUGGUGCUCAUCACCACCAAGAACAGCAACAUCCUGGAGGACCUGGAGACCCUGCGGCUCUUCUCCCGCGUGAUUCCCGAGUACUGCAGGGUGCUGGAGGAGAGCGAGAUCUCGGAGCACUGCUUCGACCUCAUCUUCGCCUUCGACGAGAUCGUGGCCCUGGGCUACCGGGAGAACGUCAACCUGGCCCAGAUCCGUACCUUCACCGAGAUGGACUCCCACGAGGAGAAGGUGUUCCGCGCUGUCAGAGAGACCCAGGAGCGCGAGGCCAAGGCGGAGAUGCGGCGGAAGGCGAAGGAAUUGCAGCAGGCGCGUCGCGAUGCGGAACGUUCCGGAAAGAAGUCGCCCGGCUUUGGGGGCUUUGGCAGCUCCGGCAUGAGCAGCAGCAACUCGGCGACCAUCAUCACAGAUGCGCUCAUCGAGCCUGAGAAGCCCAAGGUGACGGCUGCACCAGCCAGACCCAGUGGCCCCAGCAAGGCUCUGAAACUGGGGGCCCGGGGGAAGGAGGUGGAUGACUUCGUGGACAAGCUGAAGUCAGAGGGAGAGAAUAUCAUCCUGCCCAGCUCCGGGAAGAGGGCCUCGGAGGCCUCCAAAGCCCUGCCUCCCCCAGUCAAUGUAGAGAGCGUGCACAUGCGUUUGGAGGAGAAGAUCUCUCUGACCUGCGGGCGGGACGGAGGUCUGCAGAACAUGGAGCUCCUGGGCAUGAUCACCCUCCGGGUGUCCGACGAGAAGAACGGAAGGAUCCGGGUGCACAUCAACAACAACGACAAGAAAGGCAUUCAGCUGCAGACCCACCCCAACGUGGACAAGAAGCUCUUCACUGCCGACUCUGUGAUCGGCCUGAAGAACACAGACAAGUCGUUCCCCCUGAACAACGAUGUGGGCGUGCUCAAGUGGAGACUACAGAGCACGGACGAGUCCCUCAUACCACUCACAAUAAACUGCUGGCCUUCAGAGAGCAGCACGGGCUGCGAUGUCAACAUAGAAUACGAGCUGCAGGAGGAGGGGCUGGAGCUCAACGAUGUCAUCAUCGCCAUCCCCAUCCCGUCGGGGGUCGGAGCGCCCGUGAUCGGAGAUCUCGACGGCGAGUAUCGCCACGACAGCCGGCGGAACAUUCUGGAGUGGUCCUUGCCGGUGAUCGACGUGAAGAACAAGACGGGCAGCCUGGAGUUCAGCGUGGCUGGCCAGCCCAGCGACUUCUUCCCUGUCAACGUCUCCUUCGUCUCGAAGAGCAGCUACUGCGACAUGCAGAUCACCAAAGUGUCUCAGGUGGAUGGGGACAGCCCGGUCAGGUACUCCUUGGAGACGUCACUUGUGGUCGACAAAUACGAGAUUCUAUAAAGAGAGAGAAACCAUGACAACAACAAGGGGGAAAAAUAAAAUCAGUGGAUUUAAGAUGAAAAAGAAAAGCAUAUAGCAAAAAAAUAAAAAAAAACAAACAAAAAAAUAAAACGGAAGAAAUUGCUACUAGCCUGUCCGCCUGUUCUGAUACAGUCCGUCAGUGGGACACUGCCCAUCAAAGGCCCCUCAUCACCAUGGCGUAUUUAUACCUUUAUAUGAGAAAAGAAAAAUAUAAAUAUAUACAUGUAUAGAGAAUGAACAGGGUUGUGUGGAGAUGUGCUGCAUCAGCAAAAGGGGAAUUGCAAAACAAAACCAAGAAAGGUAACCUUUGGGUGGGGAGGCAGGUGACGGGCGUGGCUGGGACUGGGGCCGGAGGGAAUCCCGCGUGGCCGGGUCCCUGCGUAGGAAGUACAGGGGACAUUCCUAAACCGACAGCUCCAUUUCCGUAAACAUUAUGUUCCUGAGUAUUUGCCCUUUCCCCCCCAAUUGUUCGACCACUUUUUGCUCCUUUUCGGAAUUCUUCGUAAUCAUAAUCAUGACCAUGGCCACAGCCUCAGAAACCAGGCGAGCCAGUUGCAAAAGUUUUUUUAGAAAGGCUGUCUGGGCUCAGGUGAGGGCAACUCCCACAACCAAAAACGGGCCUUUCGCCAAAAUGUUGUCUCUCACCCCAGCUUGGACUGUGGUUGACCUUAAAAGGCAGGGUUAAUCGCUCUCUGCACUGAGGGACUUAGGGGUGUGUGUCACUGUAUCAGUCCAGCUCAUGGUUAAUGGACUGUGUGACACUGUGCAAAAGAUGGGAAAAGACUCCUUAGGCCAUCAUGUCACUUAAACGCACCUGAUCAGCUGCGCUUUCAUCACUGUGCUGCUCACUCUGCUCACUGCUGCUGUAUUUUCUCUCAGUGGUCAGCAGACUGCAUUAUGUAUUUAGUAGCAGCGAUGGGCGUCAACGGUUUUCUCCUUAAGCAAAGAGUUUCAAGAUCAGGAGCUGUGCCCCGUGGCCGGUUUUGCUGCAAAAACCGCAGUCCUCUUUAACGUUAAACGCAUUAACAAGCGAUGGCACUGUGUGUCACUUGGGCGAUGGCAUUUGUCAUAUUUGACGCCUUCUCGGCGACACCCGUUUUCUCACCGGUCCCUAGUCAGGCUUUGGGAACUGGGUGUUUGAAACUUGGGGCCGUUUAAUAUUCACACCGUCUCAAUACGAAAUAUGCCUGUUCCUCAGCUGAUGUGCUUUGUCUGGUUUAAAAGUGGAAACUGUCAUUCAGUGAUUUUUAAGGCCAUUGAAGGUCUGUUACAGUGUAAAGACUCUCCAUGGAAACACAGGAGAUUUUUUUUUUUAGAUGCGCCGUGUUUAGAAUGUGGACCCCUCCUCUCGCGGUUUUGUUUAACACGAACCACGUUUCUCCGCUCCUGUCCCGAAUUGAACCUCUUUCGGUUGUUACUGCGGAACUGCAGUGCUGGAAAUAGAAUCGCUGUUUUUUUUGUUUUUUUUUUCGGUGCGUUUUUAAAGGGUAGCCCGCCCCCCACUCCUUCCCCCCUUUCUCACUUUGCCUCCCUACUGUUCCACACUCUGCCCAAAGAGUGAUUGACGGCUAGGCUCUACAUCAAAUCGCUGUGUGCUCUUCGAAGGGAAAUGAGCCUAGCACAGCCACACUCGGUCCCAGUGUGCUCAGCCUGUGUUUUAGCCCUCGGCAGAAUGAAGCGACAGCGCAAGGAGGAACGAUGAAUGCGAUCCGACGGGAUGAAUUCUCUGAGAUCCCCGCUACCCUCCCGUAGCCAAGGCUCAUCCAGACAAGCCACGCCCCACACAAGUCCUAGCCCGCCCCCCCCUACCUGCCAGAGAAUGUCUGUGGCCUUCAGGCCAGAAUCAUUUGGUCUGUGUGUGUAGAAAUUACUUACUUUAGCCCUGAAUGUUGAAUCUAGAUUGAAAAAGAAAAGAAAAAAAAAAAAGAAAUAUUAGGGAUUUUUUGUUUGUAUUCUCUAAAUUUUGUUGGGUUUGGAUUGUGGGUGAGGGCGAAGAGGGGAGGUGGAAAGUAAAUUUGAAACUUUUUGUAACCCUGUAUGAAAAUACACCAGAGGUGAUUACAGAUAACAUUCCAGUGUAAACUUUAAUCAAUUAAAGUGUAUUAUAAAACUUGA